UGUGUGUCUGUGUGUGUGUGUGUGUGAGUGAGUUUUCACAGCCAGGCCCUUGGGUGUUAACCAUACGCUGCGCCGUCACAGCUCUCACAGAGGUGAGUUUCUCACUCUCUGCAACUUCCUGUCAUUGGCAGCCGAGCUCCACAAAAAGGAAACCAGACCCACCAGAGUUCAUGUUGAGAAUCGGCAACACAGCCGUGGAGUGAUCCGCUGUUGCAUCACUGCGAUACGAUCCUGCGUUUGAGGUGAAAGAUCAGCGCUUGAAUGAAUCGGGAUUAGAAAGAUCUUUCUCCAUGUCCGCAGUGACUCCCUCCAGCCCCACCAGUCUCGCAGCGCCGGUUCUGGUCCAGUUCCAGCUCGGCCUGUUCAGGGAGGUGGUUCGAGUCCCCGCUGGCAACCUGAGUUACCGCCAUGCCAAGAGGCUAGCCGCAGAGAUCAUAGAGCGCAAGGCUCCAGACUGCAGCGUGGUGGGCGUCGGGGAGAAGAUUCUGCUGUUCAGACAUCAGCGCGCCUCAGAGCUGCGCCUGCACCGCCUGACAGACGUCGACGAGCUGCAAGAUGGAGACCUCAUCGACGUCAUCAUCGCAGCAUCAGCGUCAGUGACUGAGAUGAGGAUGCGUCCGCACUCCCUGGUGGUCCAGUCGUACAGGACUCCCACUUUCUGCCACCACUGUGGAGAAAUGCUGUGGGGCCUCGUUCGACAGGGAUUAAAAUGUGAUGGUUGUGGGUUGGACUUUCAUAAACGUUGUGCUUUGCAGUUGCCCAAUAACUGUAGUCGAGUACGGCGUCAGGUUAGCACCAGUUUGUCCCUGUUUCCUCCCCGAAGGCCCCGUACACACUCGCUGUCCAAUCAGGCAGGAGGCAGCCUGGAGGAGAUAAGCAUGUCAAAGCCCUCAUCCAGGCCUCCAUCCUGGACAGAGCCCCCGGUCUGGGUGGGAAUCGGGUACGGUGACAGUAGCAGGGCUCAGGUCCCUCACACCUUCCACAUCCACAGCUACACCAAACCCACCGCCUGCCAGUACUGCCACCAGCUGCUCAAAGGACUCUUCAGACAGGGGCUACAGUGCUCAGACUGCAGGUUUAACUGCCACCGGCGCUGCGAGGUGUUGGUCCCCAGAGACUGUCCAGGAGAGAGGAGAGGCGUCAAUGGGGAAGAAUCCACAGCAGGGCGUCACAGCUACCUACCAGACCCAGAGGAGGACGAGUCAGAGCUCAGCAGUAUGACGACACUAGAUCUCUCUGACGAUGAGAUGUCCACUGACGGAGACUCUGUGACUGAGGCCAAAGAAGUCGAGCAAGCGCGAGAGCCAAUGAGUCCGUGUUUCAGCAGCUACAUCCCCCUGAUGAGGCUCGUCCAGACGGUGCAUCACACUAAGAGGAGAGCCGGUGGAGUCCUGAAAGAGGGGUGGCUGCUGCAUCACACCAAUACUGACACACUGAGGAAACGUCAUUACUGGAUCUUGGACUGGAAGAGCUUCACUCUGUACCAGAACGAGAGCAGCACCAAGUACUACAAGGAGAUCACUCUGUCCGAGGUGCUGCAGGUCCGAGGCCCUGCCCAGCUCUCCGUGCCCCCAUUGCCAGGCGACAGCGCCCACUCCUUCGAGGUGGUGACGGCCUCGCUGGUGUACUGCGUGGUGGCCGGGGAGAGCGGGCCGGCCUGGGAAAGCGCCGUCCGUCAGGCUCUGAUGCCCGUGCAGAGCAGCGGUGGACACAGCGAGGAGAGCGAGGAGAACCAGGAUAAAUACUCGCAGAGAGACAGAGCGGACAUCAGCUCGGUGUAUCAGAUCCUCACAGACGAGGUGCUGGGCUCAGGGCAGUUCGGAGUGGUGUACAGAGGUACUCACAGGAAGUCGGGCCGGCCAGUCGCCAUCAAGGUCAUCGACAAGACGCGCUUCCCCUCGCAACAAGAGAGACAGCUGAGGAACGAGGUGGCCAUCCUGCAGAAUCUGUCCCACCUCGGUGUGGUCCUGGUGGAGGGGAUGUUUGAGACAGUGGAGCAUGUCUUUGUCGUCAUGGAGAAGCUUCAUGGAGACAUGCUGGAGAUGAUCCUGUCCAGUGAAAAAGGCAGACUCCCUGAACGCAACACCCGCUUCCUGGUCACGCAGAUCCUUGAGGCUCUGCGGUACCUGCACUUCAAACACAUCGCUCACUGUGACCUGAAACCUGAGAACGUCCUGCUGGCCUCUGCGGACCCCUUCCCUCAGGUGAAGCUGUGCGACUUCGGCUUCGCCCGCAUCAUCGGCGAGAAGUCUUUCCGUCGCUCGGUCGUGGGGACGCCUGCCUACCUGGCGCCCGAGGUGAUCAGCAGCAGCGGCUACAACCGCUCUCUGGACAUGUGGUCUGUGGGCGUCAUCAUGUACGUCAGCCUGAGUGGCACGUUCCCCUUCAACGAGGACGAGGACAUCAGACAGCAGAUCACCAACGCUGCCUUCAUGUACCCACGACAAACCUGGGCUUCUAUCUCACUGGAGGCCGUGAGUCUUAUCAAUAACCUGCUGCAGGUGUCGAUCAGACGGAGGUACAGUGUGGGCAAAGCGCUGGGACACCCCUGGCUGCAGGACUUCCAGCUGUGGUGCGACCUCAGGGAGUUCGAGCAUAGGAUGGGCUGCAGGUAUCUGACACACCGAGGGGACGAGGACCACUGGAAAUGCUACACCCAGGAAAAAGGCCUGAGCUUCCCGUCCCACCUCUGCUUGGACCCCAACAAUGACCCUGACAUGUGACCUCAGCACGGAGGCUAGAGGCCGGACGGUUUAUGCCAACAGGGUGCCGGAUUCGUCUGCUCACCUUGUCUGAGGCCAGAAUCUUGAAGGAGGCCAUGACCUGUUCUGCGGUGUCAGUCUCGGCGGUCUCGCGGGUCAUGAAGUCGAUGAAGGCCUGGAAGGUCACCACGCCCGCGUUGUUGGGGUCCACCAGGGUCAUAAUGCGAGCAAACUCCACCUCACCCUGUCAGGAGAGAAAAGGAUAGUUUUAGUUCAACAUCAGUUAAUUCAAUUCAACAUAAUGUGCAGGCACAUUUGUAACAAAAAGAAGGGCUGCGGCUUUCACCAAUUGGCAAUAGUGUCAUGCAGCAAAAAUACAUUUUAUAAACAUUUUUACAAACUUGCACUGCAUACACAAUACAAAUAUUUCAGUAAUCAUAUCACUUUUAUUACUUAAUUCAGGCAAAGCUCUGACCUCUUGCUACAUUCACGACACUGACAUGUUUUAUUUCUUGACAAUUCAAGUUUUACUCAAUAUCAAUGUCAUUUUGUCCUGAAAAUGUACGUGUUGCACUAACCAGAUCGUAACCCAUGGAGAUGAGACAGGCACGGAAGUCGUCUGGGUCCAUCAUGCCGUUUCUCUUCUGCAAAGGAAAAACGCAAUUGUGUUUAAUUAUUGGAUCAAACUGUUUAGCUAUAAGAUCCCCAGUGCAGCUCCUAUCAGAGUAAUACAGCCCAUGUUUUACUUUCUUACUGCUGCUAGAAUAUUGAGCAUUAACUGAAGUUGUGUGACUGACACUUUCUUGAAUAUUGAAACUCUUAGAAGGACAUAAAAAGAAGCAUGUAGAUUUCAAUGUUUAAAGAAAUCUAAAUAAAUUGAGAUCUAUCCUGCA